AUAUUUCAACAUUGAGCUUCUCUUCGUUCUCCGCCUCCUUAUCUUGCUCUGUUUAGAGAAUUUCUAUUUGAUGUGGGAAAUUAUUAACGCUUAAAGAAGAAUAAAAGAUUUUAGAAAUGUAAUUAAAAAGAGAGAAAAGCGAGAAAAAAAAAAUAAGAAAAGACUAAGAAAAUGCUGAAACUAUCGGAAUCGUUACAAAGAAGAUAUAUAAUCAUGCGCAAUAUGUAUCAAGGACAAAUGAUCUUUGAGAGAUACGAAUUUUUUUUUUUUAUAAACAGGGAAAAAUUUUAGUGGAGUGAAUGAUCAAUUAUCCGGAGUCCCAAUUUUAAUGACUUAAACAAUGAUCUUUUGCUCGGCAUGGUCGAUUUGAUGAUUAAAGGGAUUCAAGGAGAGACGCAUCCUUCGAAUUAUAUUUUUCUUAGAAAAGAAACAACAGAAGAAAAACGAAAAGAAAGAAAAAGAAAAGAAAAAAGUGACAAAAAGAUAAAGAAAAUGCGUUUAUAUAUAAAUGUGUGUGUGCGCGUGAAACAGUGAUAAAAUUGCACAGAGAAAAAGAAAAACAUUUUUAUCGUUUAAAAACUUAUUGCUAGUACAGUUGAAUAUGUUAUAUUGAAAAAAAGAGUGGGAAGAAUCAGAAGAAAAGGGAAACGAUAUUCAAAGAAUAUAAGACAAAAAGAGAAAAAUGACGGGUAGUCGUAGUAGCGAAAUAAAUCCGAAAGAGGGAUUGUAUGAUGAAGGUGGAAAACAUACUGUCCAUUGGUUUCGCAAAGGUCUCAGACUUCACGAUAAUCCUUCAUUGAGGGAAGGUCUUGCUGGAGCUUCCACUUUCCGUUGCGUAUUUGUUUUGGAUCCAUGGUUUGCUGGAAGCACUAACAUUGGUAUCAAUAAAUGGAGAUUUUUGCUACAGUGCUUGGAAGAUCUUGAUUGUUCAUUAAGAAAAUUAAACUCUAGACUAUUUGUGAUACGAGGACAGCCGGCAGAUGCUCUGCCGAAAUUGUUUAAAGAAUGGGGUACUACAAAUCUGACUUUUGAAGAAGAUCCAGAGCCAUUCGGACGUGUCCGAGAUCAUAAUAUCUCGGCACUUUGUAAAGAGCUUGGUAUUUCGGUAGUUCAAAAGGUCUCACAUACUCUUUACAAAUUGGAUGAAAUUAUUGAGAGGAAUGGUGACAAACCUCCGUUAACUUAUCAUCAAUUUCAAACCGUUGUUGCCAGUAUGGAUCCUCCGGAACCACCAGUACCAACAGUUACUUCUGCUUGUGUAGGCUCGGCAUAUACCCCUUUGAAAGAAGAUCAUGACGAUCAUUAUGGUGUACCGACGCUCGAAGAACUUGGUUUCGACACAGAAGGUCUCCUUCCACCUGUGUGGGUCGGAGGUGAAAGUGAAGCUCUGGCACGAUUGGAACGGCAUCUAGAGAGAAAAGCAUGGGUGGCCAGUUUCGGAAGGCCAAAAAUGACUCCGCAAUCAUUGUUGCCUAGUCAAACCGGUCUUUCACCUUAUUUACGAUUCGGAUGUUUGAGCACUCGAUUAUUUUAUUACCAACUUACUGAUCUCUAUAAGAAAAUAAAGAAAGCUGUACCGCCGCUUUCAUUGCAUGGCCAACUUUUAUGGCGUGAAUUUUUUUAUUGCGCCGCAACGAAAAAUCCAAAUUUUGAUCGUAUGCAAGGUAAUCCAAUUUGCGUGCAAAUUCCUUGGGAUAAAAACGUUGAGGCACUCGCUAAAUGGGCAAACGGUCAGACGGGAUUUCCUUGGAUCGAUGCAAUAAUGACUCAACUAAGAGAAGAAGGUUGGAUACAUCAUUUGGCUAGACAUGCAGUUGCUUGUUUCUUAACCAGAGGUGACCUUUGGAUCUCCUGGGAAGAAGGAAUGAAGGUAUUUGAUGAGCUGUUACUAGAUGCUGAUUGGUCGGUAAAUGCAGGAAUGUGGAUGUGGUUGUCGUGUAGCUCUUUCUUUCAACAAUUUUUUCACUGCUAUUGUCCAGUAAGAUUUGGCAGGAAAGCCGAUCCGAAUGGUGAUUACAUUAGACGAUAUUUACCAGUUUUGAAAAAUUUUCCCACGAGAUAUAUUCACGAACCAUGGAAUGCACCACUUAACGUGCAACGUGCAGCUAAAUGUAUCAUUGGCAAAGACUAUUCAUUACCAAUGGUGAAUCAUAGCAAAAGUUCUAGAAUUAACAUUGAAAGAAUGAAACAAGUUUAUCAACAAUUAAAUAAAUAUCGUGGAAAUGGAGUCUCUCUUAAAGGAGAAACUGUUGCUUUUCGGCAAGGUUUACUGAAUGCACUACCACCUCCAUCAAUGAAAGAAACUGAGGAAGAAAAAAAGAAAAAACAAUCUCUGCCACCAUCAGAGAAUCAAUCAAAAAUGGAAAUUCUUCCUAAGACGACGCAACGACAACACCAUCAUUAAUAAUCGGUUAUAUGAUACGGAAAUAACAAUUUAUUGAUCCG